AUGGAUUGGAAAAGUGCUCGCUACGAAAAGUCAGAUACUUCUCAGCAGAGUAUCGGUAGAAGACCGAGUCAGUCUGCUACACCAACACUGUCCGAGCGCAACGUAGCCAGCUGGGAACUACUACGCAACCAUUCCAACCAUCUAUCGAGCGUCUCUGCCUAUUCGCAAGGAGUACCUAGCAUCCCCGACGACAUCCUGGACGAUAUCCUCGAACCCAGUGCCUUCGCAGCUGAAAGAGAUAGUUGGCAAUCAUUUGACUCGCUGACAAGAGUUGAGAACGACCACCAUCCACUCGACCAUGACAUUCCCGUUGGCACUGAUCACGGAUGGAGCAAAACGUGGGCUGAGGAUUUAUGUGCCGAUUUCUCAUCGUUAGCACCAUUGCAUUUCAUUGACAGGUUUUCGGAAGGUCCACCGACGAAAGACCACCUUUCGGUCUUAUCAAAGCAGAUAUGGACGAAGUCACGACGAAGUUCCGAGAAUGCCGACUCUCAAAGCCAGGAUGACUCCGUCCCACCAUAUGCAGAUCCAGAUACUGCGCAGUUCAUUGAUGUCUUCUUCAACGGCUGUUAUGGUUAUUCUUCGUUCGUGACACGCCAAUACGUUGAAGAUACCCUAGCCGCAAUUGUCGCCUCACCCAACGCCGUCGAUCAAUGCGCCUACGCAUUGGUCAAUGGAGUUCUCGCGAUCGGAUGCCGCAAUGCAAUUCGCAAGGACUCUCCAAGAAGCAAUACCAUACACGCCAAGUCCAUUUAUUGGCCUUCCAGAUAUUUCUCAGGAGCACUGAAAUAUCGUGAAUACCUUACGAACGGACAACCGUCGUUCUUGAAACUUCAGGCGCUAACGGCACUCAUCCUCUAUUUGAGACAGCAUCGUAAUGUUUCAUUAAUGAGAUCGGUCUUGUCGCAAGCAAUCCAUAUGAUUCAAGAACUCAUCUCAAGGGUCCCAAAAAGCCCUUUCCUAACAGCAAUCGAUGGAAAUCAUCAGCAAGAGAUCCAACGACUUUUUUGGCUCCUCUACUCUAUCGAGAAGCCAUUCACGUUGAGAUUUGGCGGCCAUUCCAUGAUUGACGACGACCUUGUCGUCUUUCCUGCGCCUUCUAAGCGUCGAGACUCUAUGAUUCCUGCCAUCGAUCUCCGGUCAGGUUGGGAGGUCGUCAGCUACCGCUACGCUCGACUUUGUUCCGUCAUUGUCAAGACAAUAUACAGCCACGCAGCUUUAAGAAUGAGCCGAUCGGAAACUUUGGCAGCAAUCGAUCGCCUCUCCAAGAUGCUAGAGGCGUGGAGAAUGUCUAUACCGGUCGCAUACCGUCCAGACUGCAACCUUGAUCUCCCGGCGUGCCAGAAUCGGUCAUGGGACACCUGCAUUCAAUCAGAUAUCUUUCUGAAAUUUGCCGAGGCCUCCUUUGCUAUUCACCGAUGGGCAGUCAUCCAGCACAACGUAGUACAAGAUGCAACCGCUACGUACUCUUCGAGUCGCGAUCAGUGCAUUGAAUUGGCAAAAGGUGUACUUCAUUGGACGCACUACUUUCGUGUUGACGACCACGAGCUAGACUGGCACCGCAUAUUUCUACCGCUUCUUUCUGCCGCCACAAUUUUUAUCGCCAUUUGCAAACAAGAGGUGGGAAAGGACUGUCUGCCUUUCCUUGGCAUGGCUUGCGGUUACUUUGGUAGACUAAGUACCAGCGAAUGUGCAGCUCCCAAUCUAUUCGAAGAAAUCAGCGAGCUUUACUUGAUGGCUCACCGCAAGCUCAACGCCGGAGAAGCCACGGACCUGGCGGGCCAAUCCACUUGACAUCUCAUCUUUUUCCUCCACGGGCUAUUUCGAUUUUCCUCAAGAUGUGUCGGAUAGCAUUUUCAACACUCCCUCGCUUGAUAAAAGUUCUUUCGAUAAUUUCAAUUUCUUAGAUGCGGUUUGAAGAUUCAGAUGUACUGUCAAUCUCACUCACGCAUAUGCUACCC